GACAGACGUAAACAAAGACGUAACUAACAGACGCCAGCGACCCGGCCCAGGGCGACUCUAACUGGAUGUCCUUGUCGAGACAAAAACACGUCCUGACCAGAGGCUGACUGCGGGGGAAAAGCCAAUCUGAAGCGAAUGAAGAAGCUCCUAAUCUUUCACUUCACAUACAGAGGACUUCGUGCGAAAGGAAAAAAGAGUAAAAGGAGAAAAUGGAGUAUAAAUUGCGAAAGGCCGAACCAAAGGACGUGCCGGAUAUAUUACGACUGGUGAAGGAACUGGCUAAACAUGAGGAGAUGGAGCACCAGGUGACUCUGACUGAAGAGGAGCUCCUUGAGGAUGGAUUCGGUGAAACGCCGUUCUACCACUGCAUCAUUGCUGAAAUCCCAGGAGGGGGCAGCAGCCAAGAUUCUAAAGUGGUCGGCUUCGCCAUGUACUACUUCACCUAUGACCCUUGGGUGGGCAAGCAGCUCUACCUGGAGGAGUUCUUCGUGAUGGAUGAGUACAGAGGACUCGGCAUCGGCUCAGACAUCCUGCGGCGGCUCAGUGACGUAAGUAGUGACAUCACACAAGCAGAUGUGGUGUGUGUGGGCUUUAUCCUCGGCUUGCUCGUCCUGCAGCUGGCGGUGAAGUCGCGCUGCACCGGUAUGAUGUUCGUAGUGGCCGAGAACAACGAGCUAUCCAUCCAGUACUACAAACGGCGCGGUGCCGAGGACCUCUCGCAGGAGGAAGGCUGGAGGCUCUACAGGUUUGAUAAGAGCAGCCUGGUCAAGAUGGCUACACCUACCGAGGAGUGAAGGCGAGGAUAUGAGGGGAGACGAAUGUUUCCACUUGUUUAAAAAAAAAAAGUGAGAGGCCAGCGAUCCACUACUCAAAUAUUAUCCAUUACUAUAAUAAACGUGUCUAAUCAAA